AUGGCAACUGGUGCAGUUGACAAAUUAAGCCUUACUAGUUUUGAUGCUGCCAGUUUUCAUCCAGAUCAAAUAUUCGAUGAUCAUCUAUCGGAUACAUUAUCACGAGUACAAUCACUGACACAAUUUCAACCACAGCAAAUACCAACAGUGAUUGAUAUUGCAACAGAUGAAAGAACAACUCAUGAUCCAAGACCAUUAACAUCUUCGGCAAGACAACGACAUCGUUGGAGAAUGACUUAUUAUUUUUAUAUUCAUGUAGCCUUUUUUAUUAUCAGUGGGUUAUUGAGUGGUUUGAUUAUUUGGUUUAUUGAAAAUCAUUCAUCUUUACGUAAUGUUCAAAUGAAAGUAGCCUAUAUUGAUGCAUGGUUUGUUAGUAGUACAUGCGUAUAUAGUUGUGGUUUGACAACAUUAGAUUUUGCAAAACUUUCACAUCCUUCUCAAGCUAUAUUGAUGCUAUUUACAUUCAUAUCAGGUGUUACAAUUAGUACAUUACCAGCAUUAGCUAUUAAAGCUUAUACACAUAAAAGAGUCGAAGGAAUAACUGUUGAUGAUGAUCAUGGUGAUCUAGAAGAUGAAAUUAACGAUGAAUUGCCAACAGUCAAUACUCAACGUGGUCGAAAUUUACCAGAACAUAUUCGAAAUCGACUUGCAACAUUACCAACUACAGCACAACUUCGUUAUCGUGCUUAUAUAACAUGUAUUAUUCUUAUUCUUAGUACUUGUUUUACUAUUUAUACAAUAGGAAUCAUUGCUAUUGGUAGUUGGUUAUCAGUACAUUAUACAUCUGAUCAAUUAUUACAAGGAAAUUCUAGUGUUAAUCCAUGGUAUGCAUCAUUUAUUAUUACUCUAACAGGUUUUAAUCAAAAUGGAUUAUCUCCAUUUUCGGAUGGUCUUGCACGUUUUGUUCAUGAUGUUUAUCUUAAUGUGUUUGUUAUGAUGGUAGUCAUGAGUGGAACAUCAUUUUUUCCUAUUAUAUUACGAAAUGUAGUUUUCUUGGCACGCUAUCUGGUUCCAUGGCGACAUAAAGUUAUUUUUGAUUAUAUUCUUUUGAAUAAUCAUCGUUUAUCUACUUUACUUUUUCCUACUGUACAAACUCGUAUUUAUAUAUUUGUAACUAUUUUAUUAUACAUAUUUGGUAUUAGUAUUUCACUUAUACUCGAUUUAAAUAGUGAUCAUUUUGAUAUGUAUUCACCUGGUAUACGUUUUCUAAUAUUUACUUUUCAUACAGUAAAUACACGUUUUGCUGGUUUUUCAUCAAUUGAUAUAAAUUUAUUUGCUGCAGCUACAUUAGUAGUUUAUUUACUGUUAAUGGCAACAAAACCACAAAUGUUAUGUGCUCUUGAUGAAUCUCCAUUAGAAUUAUCUUGGUUGGCAUUACAAGCAAAAGUAGAAGCUGAGAGUGAAACGAAGUCUAUGAUGAAUAUCAAUGAUUCUUUAGAUUUAGCUGGAAGUAGGAGUCGACUAGGAUCGAUCCUAUCAUUAUCUACACCUGGUGCUCUACCGCUACGACAUAUGGAACGUUUUCUACGUCGGCAAAGUUUUGUUACUAAAGAUCUUGCUCGACAACAGUUUACUAAUACAGCAUCAGUAGAUGAUACAAGUCGAAGACCUCGAUAUUUGAGAUAUUUACAUAUUCGUUUAUUUUUUAUUUAUUUCAUUCGAGCUGUUAUAAAACAUACAUUUAGUUCCAUUGUUUUAACACGUACUUGGUUAUUUUUUUUUAUAUUUCUAAUAUGUGCUAUUGAAUAUCGUAAAAUGUCACCUGUUGAUCCAAAUAUAACUGUUUUUAAAAUAAUCUUUGAAAUAAUAUCAGCAUUUGGAACUGUUGGAUUAACACUUGGAUAUCCAAAUGUAGCGUCAAGUUUUAGUACUGUUCUUUCAUCAGCAAGUAAAACUAUUAUUAUUACAACAAUGUUAAUGGGUCGACAUCGUGGUUUACUUGCAUCAAUGAAAGAUCAAGAAGCUAUUGAGCAUAGUGCUAUUGAUUUACUUAAUCGACGACGUGAAGAAAUCAUUUUGGAAUAUCAACAAAGAACAUUAAGUACUAAUGUUAUUAAUCAAACGAAAUCUGAUGUAUUAAUUACAAAAUUUUAA